AUGGAAGGGUCGUCUUCAAGAGGAAGUCAGAACAACGAGACCAACGAAGAGAAUGGGAACAAGAGGGGAUCGCGGUCACGAUGUGAUCCACACCGGUACCGAGGAAUCCGGAGGCGCCCUUGGGGCAAGUUCGCGGCCGAGAUCCGAGACCCCUCGAGGGACGGCGCCCGCCUCUGGCUCGGGACCUUUGAAACAGCAGAGGAGGCUGCCCGCGCCUAUGAUCGGGCUGCCUUCGCCUUCCGAGGCCAUUUGGCCAUCCUCAACUUCCCCAACGAGCAACAAUACUACAGUCAGAAUGGCCACUAUGUCUCCGGCCACCACAGUUCUUUCUCAGCAUCCCCGUCGCUGUCGUCUCCGUCAUCGUACUCUUCAGCGGGUUCGUUAUCGUCGACUGUGUCAGCUCCCGCAGAGCUGUCCAGAGAUGUGGUCGAAUUCGAGUAUCUAGACGAUAAGUUGUUGGACGAACUACUGAGGUCGCACAGCGACAUGUAGGGUAAAUGCAGGUUGUUGAGGUCAUA